UCCAGGCCAUCCAUAUCAUGUGUGUCACAAAGCUGUCAAUGUACACAACCUCAACUAUAAAUGAGUAUGCUCAUCAAACACUUUAUUGACUCUCAUUUUUGAGUUCCAAACAUGGAUUUUCCUCUAGAUUUCAGAUGUCCUAUAUCCAUGGAGCUGAUGAAAGAUCCUGUUACAAUCUCCACAGGUGUUAGUUACGAGCGCAAACACAUCGAAAAAUGGUUUCAUUCUUACCAUAAGAAGACUUGUCCGGCAACAAUGCAGAAUUUGGAUAACUUUGAUGUCACUCCAAACCAUACCCUCAAAAGGCUUAUUCUUGCAUGGAGUACUGGUUGUUCAUCAUCCUCUUCGUCUCCCAAAAGCUCGGUCAAGAACGAGGAAUUUGUGGCGUUGCUGAAUGCAAUUGACUCGUCGUGUCCUUUUAUUGUAAGUUCACUUCAGAAACUCCGGUCCAUUGUGCAAAUGAGUGAGGAAAUAAAGAGAGAUUUCAGAAGAUGUGGAGGUGUCAAAGUUCUUGUGGAAAUUGUUGUUCAGAUUCUGAUUGAGAACUCGGAUUUCAUGACUUUUAGAGCUUGUGAGGAGGCCUUGGGUGUUCUGCAUGAACUCCCUUUGUCAGAAGACGAUGAAACUGUCUUGUUAUUAUCCAAGCCGGAGUGUGUCAAAGCCAUGGCUAUUAUGCUUCAAAGAGGAAGUGCUCAGUCCAGGUUUUGCACUAUUUCUAUAUUUCAUAAAAUGGCUCGAGUUGAUUAUGACUGGAAAUAUGUUGUUGAAGAUCAAGGGAUCGACUUUUUCAAGGCUUUGCUGGAGCUUGCAUCGGAUGAAAUGGGCACCAAGGCAAGUUCAUGUGCUCUACAAGUCCUAAUUGAUAUACUCACUUCAUCUAAGAAAAGCCGGUUAAAGGCCAUUGAAGCCGGUGCAAUGUGUACUCUAAUCGAGCUCCUCCCUGAUUCAAGUCGAUCAAAGUGUGAGAAAGUUCUGGAAUUAAUCAAAUUGCUAUGCAAAUGUGCUGAUGGCAGGUUGGCUUUUAUCGAACACGGGAUUGGUAUAGCUGCAAUAACAAAGAAAAUGUUGCAUGUAUCCUUUGUUUCUACAAAAAAUGUGGUGAAAAUAUUAUGGUUGGUUUGCAGUUUUAAUCCGACCAACAUCAGGGUUAUUGAAGAAAUGUUGUUUUACGGCUCAGUGUUGAAGCUUGAGGCCUUGUUGCACAUAGAUGGAGGAUCCUCCACUAAAGAUAAAGUUGUCAAGUUAUUGAAGUUGCAUGGGAGUUCAUGGAUGCGUUACCCUUGUUUUCCUUGUGAAUUAAAGGAUUUUUUGAGCUUAAGUGCUUGAGUUUUGGUAAUGUAAAAUUGAAAAAUAUAUAACAUGCACAAAUUUGUCUA